GAGCGCCCCAGCGGCCCCGGGCGCGGCGGGCGGCGGCUGGACGGACCGGAGCCCGCGCUCCCGCCCUUUGUCUGCUCCGAGCGGCCGGCGCGGAGCCCCACGGGCGAGGCCGCCUCCUCCCGGAGUUUGUCCGCUCCGCCAUCGGGGCCCCGGGCCGCCAGGCGCACGGCCAUGGGCGCCGCCACGCGCGGGGCGCACCCCCUCCUGCUGCUGCUGCUGCUGCUCCCCGGGGCCCGCGGCUCCGAGGCCGAGCACCGGCUGUUCGACCGGCUGUUCGAGCACUACAACGAGAUCAUCCGGCCGGUGGCCAACGCCUCGGACGCCGUCAUCGUGCAGUUCGAGGUGUCCAUGUCCCAGCUGGUGAAGGUGGAUGAGGUCAACCAGAUCAUGGAGACCAACCUGUGGCUCAAGCAGAUCUGGAACGACCACAAGCUGAAGUGGAACCCCUCGGACUACGACGGGGCCGAGUUCCUGCGCGUCCCCGCCCAGAAGAUCUGGAAGCCGGACAUCGUGCUCUACAACAACGCCGUGGGGGACUUCCAGGUGGACGACAAGACCAAGGCGCUGCUCAAGUACACGGGCGAGGUGACCUGGAUCCCGCCCGCCAUCUUCAAGAGCUCCUGCCGCAUCGACGUGACCUUCUUCCCCUUCGACUACCAGAACUGCUCCAUGAAGUUCGGCUCCUGGACCUACGACAAGGCCAAGAUCGACCUGGUGCUGGUGGGCUCGGCCAUGAACCUGCGGGACUACUGGGAGAGCGGCGAGUGGGCCGUGGUGCGCGCCCCCGGCUACAAGCACGAGGUCAAGUACAACUGCUGCGACGAGAUCUACCCCGACAUCACCUACUCGCUGUACAUCCGGCGGCUGCCCCUCUUCUACACCAUCAACCUCAUCAUCCCCUGCCUGCUCAUCUCCUUCCUCACGGUGCUGGUCUUCUACCUGCCGUCCGACUGCGGCGAGAAGGUCACGCUGUGCAUCUCGGUGCUGCUCUCGCUCACCGUCUUCCUGCUGGUCAUCACCGAGACCAUCCCGUCCACCUCGCUGGUCAUCCCGCUCAUCGGCGAGUACCUGCUCUUCACCAUGAUCUUCGUCACGCUGUCCAUCGUCAUCACCGUCUUCGUGCUCAACGUGCACUACCGCACGCCCGCCACGCACACCAUGCCCGGCUGGGUGAAGGCCGUGUUCCUGCGGGCGCUGCCCCGGGUCAUGUUCAUGGCGCGGCCGGAGGCGGCGGGCGGCGCGGGCGGCGCGGGCGGCGCGGGCGGCGGCAUCCCGGGGCCGCGGCCGGCCGACUGCGCCGCCCUCGCCCUCGCCGCCCAGCGGGCCGACCCGAACUGCUUCCGCGGCCGCGAGGAGCCCGAGGACGGGAAGGACGGCGCGCCCUGCCCGGAGGGGCCGUGCGGCCGCCACCGCCAGUGCAGCCGCCGCCGCCGCGCCAGCCACCGCGCGGCCAAGGUGCCCAACUUCACCGCCAACCUCACCCGGAGCUCCAGCAGCGAGUCCGUGGAGGCCGCGCUGCCCUCGCUGUCGGCGCUGUCGCCGGAGAUCCGGGAGGCCAUCCGGAGCGUCCGGUACAUCGCGGAGAACAUGAAGGCGCAGAACGAGGCCAAAGAGAUUCAGGACGACUGGAAGUACGUGGCCAUGGUGAUCGACCGCAUCUUCCUGUGGGUCUUCGUCCUGGUGUGCAUCCUGGGGACGGCGGGGCUGUUCCUGCAGCCGCUGAUGGCGCGGGACGAGCCCUGAGCGCGGUGCGCCCGCCCGCCCGGGGGGCGGGGCGAGACGGGAGCUGGGCAGGAGCUCGUUUUUCUACUGAGAUAAAACACACGGCGUACACGUCACCAUCGUAACCUUCUGACAUGCACCGCUCAGCAGCAUCCGGCAGCCACGUGGCUGUGCAGCCGCCAUCACUCUCAGUCCCCAUCACCCUCCCCAUCCUGCAGACGGGAACCCAACCCCUUACCCAGCGGCUCCCUGCUCCCCCUCCCCGGCCGCCGCCAACUGCCAUUCUGCUUUCUGUUACUUUUCCUUAGUGCAUAGAUUUUAUUGAUGUUUACAGAGAAGAGGGGAGAGGGAGAGAGAGAGAGAACCAUCGAUGAGAAACAUCGAUCAGCUGCCUCCUGCUCUC